AUGAAACUCACUAGAUACAUAUUAUCGACUAUCGACUCGCCUCCUUCGAUCUCCACUCGAACGCGUUCACAACCACUUUCUGCCUCAGUGAAUAGCGCUUCAACUGUCUGUACCGAAACAGACUUCCGGUGUAACGACGGCAAAUGUAUACGGGCAGAGUGGAGAUGUGACGGAUCUGGGGACUGCUCUGACGGUGAAGAUGAAAAAGAUUGUCCUCAUCCUGGUUGCAAAGCCGAUCAAUGGCAAUGUGACAAGUAUGAAUGGCACAGUGUCUCAUGUAUUGCCGAGUAUCAGCGAUGUGACAACAUCACCGAUUGUGCCGAUGGAUCCGAUGAGAAGGAUUGCCCAGCUAAUCCGGUGAAUUGUGACAGCAACGAUGGCAGCGUCUUCAUGUGCGCAGAUGGACGACAGUGUUUCGAAAUGUCCAAGAAGUGUGAUGGCAAGUACGACUGUAGGGAUCUAAGUGACGAGAAGGUGGGCAUAUGA